AUGCUAGACCUAGACACCCCCCAAGCCCUCACAAUAGCCACCACAAUCAUAACCCUCCUUACCAUCCCCGUCUUAUACCCCCAACUCCCAACCUGGCUCAAAACCACCACAUCCAAACUCCUCCCCAACAGCCAGAAAAAGAAGCACCCCAGCAGCGAAAUCCUCGCACUAAGAGUCUACCCCAUCAAAUCAUGCCGCGGCCUCAGUCUAAACAGCACAACCCUCCACAUGGAAGGUCUAGACCUCGACCGCAGGUGGAUGCUCAUCGACGCCAAAACCCACGACUUCCUGACCAUCCGGCAAAUCCCACAGAUGACGCUCAUAAACACCGCUCUCAGCACCGAUGACCAAUCCCUUGUGGUCACAUUUACAGGGGUUACUGAUAAAGAGGUCCGCGUACCCCUCCGCCCAGACACUGCCUGGCUAGACGCCCACACGACCCUGGGCCAGGUGAAGAUCUGGGACAUCGAGACAGACGCCUAUAUCUACGGACCUGAAGUCAAUGCCCCAUUUAGUGAGUUCCUGAGCCGUGACGUUUGCCUCGUGUACAAGGGUCCUACGCCUAGAAUUAUGCGCGGGAACGGGGAUCCGAGUCUUCUGGGUCGUGAGCAGAGUGUGAAUUUCCCCGAUGUGCAUCCUGUGCUUGUUGCUUCUGAGGCGUCGUUGGCAGAGCUGAAUUCGAGACUUGUGGAGAAGGGCGUGGAGCCUAUUGGGGUGGAGCGGUUUCGGGCUAAUGUUAUUGUUAAGGGGGGUGAGCCUUGGGUGGAGGAUGAGUGGAAGGUUGUUAGGGUUGGUGAUGGGGCUGGGAAGGUGCUGGAGUUUGAUGUCCUGGCGAGGUGUGCCAGGUGUCAGGUGCCGAAUGUUGAUCCGGAUACGGCGGGGAAGCAUAAGACGGAGCCGUGGGAUACGCUUAUGAGUUAUCGGCGGGUGGAUGAGGGUAUGAAGUAUAAGCCUUGUUUUGGGAUGCUCUGUGCGCCGAGAGGGGAGGGCGUUUUGGAGGUUGGCAUGAGGUUUGAUGUGCUUGAGGUUACGAGCGAGCAUCGGUAUAUUAAGGGGUUUUAA